AUGACAGCCUUGCCCGCAGCACUGCGAGAGGCCGUAGAGUGUCCGAUUUGUCUAGAGCCCUGCAAACAGCCCUAUCGUUUGCCUUGCGAACACUUUUUCUGCAGAGAACCCUGUCUGCAGGGCCUGAUCAAUGAGGCACAACCAACCUGCCCAAAUUGCCGACUAGCCUUUUCCGAGGCCGAUGUGAAACCCUUUCGUCUGCUGAGUAAUCUGCUAGAUCUCCUUGAGAAGUCUCCAGAAGCCUACCUAGAGGGCGACGUGCUAAUCUGUCCCAUCUGCAUCAAAUUGGUGUCGGCGCCGCUGCGGAUGUCGGAGCACUUUUCAGACCUGGUCUGUGGUGAUUGUUGGAGCACUGGCGAAACCCUGCGUAAACUUUCAUUGGACGAAGCUAGGGAG